AUGAAUCAAGGUUGGUUGACUGUUAUCUUAACAUCAGCCACCACAAUAUGUGGAUGCUUGAUCAUAUAUGCUGAUGUCGUGUACAAGUAUGUUUUUCCCGCCAGGUACAAGAAGAAGCCGUUUGAAAUAGCCAAAAACACGCAAUUUCUAGUUUGUUCGUUGGCGUUGUCGUCGGGAUGUUUGUCAUUUGUUUCCCUCUAUAAGCUUUUGCCUACAUCGAUGAAGUAUCUUCAUAAGGUUCCCACUUUAGAUGAACAAAAGACAGUACUACAGUCCACAGCAUUUAUAUUCUACGUGUCCGGUAUCAUGUGCUGCUCAGCGUUGAACGUGUUGGUGCAUCUUUUCACUAGUGAGAGUAUUGUGCACUGCGUUCACGAAGACCAUUCGCUUCUGCAUCAUAGUCAUCACCAUGUUCACGAUCACAAUCACGGCCACGGGAAUAUGUUGCAUCGACAUCACAAGGGCAACGCCUCGCCGGAUUUGGAGAAUGACGCGGGCUUGGAUGAGACCAAGAAGACCGAGAAAAAAAACACUGAGGUUUCAAAUACUGUUCAGAAAAAAAACUGCAAACACAGCUCAAGAGCACCAUACCCGGUCCGAAGUCCGCGCCAAAUAGCUACUUACAGCAGCAAAAUCCAGACUGCUGUGUCCGGUUCUUCUCCCAGUAUCUCUUCCUCGCUUUGUAAUGCACCAACAGGCUCAUCUUUGACCCCAUCUGCCUCCAGAAGGCGAAUUUCGGCGAUUGCAGAGGAUUCUGCUCCCACACAGACCAAUGCGGCGGCAGCAACUUCCAUAUCGGGCUCAGUCACAUCCUCGGCCGAGCCAUCGGUGGUCUCAUCAGUCGUUUCUGGUGCAAGUGGCAUUCCUCCCAAACAGUCCGUCGUAGACGCGUCGCUCGAUGCUCUCCGCGGCCAGAAGAUGGAGGGAGACUGCUUUGGAGACAUGGAAUGCUGCUGUGAGGAAAUUGCAUGCAAGCACAACCUCCACAUGCACAAAAACAAGAAUGGAAUCCGGUUCUGCUGCUAUCCAUCAAGCGAAAACCAGCUUUUUUUCAAGCAGAGAAGCGGCGAGAUGGUCACGGACAAAUCCGAGCUUGCCGGCCGGUUCCCGGAGCUUGAAAUCCAGUCUCCUUUGCUGCCGGACUCAGGUACUGGUGCAGAGGUGCGUACGCCUCCAGGUGGUGCAGAAGCCGGCAAUUCCAGCUCUUCCUCUCCGAACCUGGAAACAAAUUUGGCAACCGAGCACUCUCCAUUGCUUGCAGAGCAGCAGACAUCUGCAGAUGCAGAUGCUAAGCAGUAUUCUGGCACUGACAGCUCUGUGAAAGUUCCAAUUAACGUUUCUGCAAUCAAAGAGGAGCCGGAGGACGUGGCUGCGGAACAUAUAAGGCACCACGAGCACCACCACCACCAUAUAAAGACUCCCUUGGCCAGAUUGCUAUCGAUCGGUAUCCAGACCACGUUGGCCAUUACAAUGCACAAGCUACCAGAGGGAUUUAUCAUGUAUUCGACCUCCCAGGCGGAUUCGAAGUUGGGAUGGACCAUUUUCCUUUCGAUGUUUGUUCACAACUUUGUGGAGGGUUUCACUAUGACACUUCCAAUAUACGUGGCACUUAAUUCCAGGUGGAAGGCAUUGCUCAUCAGUGGAACUUUGGGCGGCUGUGCACAGCCAUUUGGGGCCUUGAUCGGGUACUUUAUUUUUAGAAAGAACGGUGUCGAUGUCGAUAAUCCUUUCAGCAUGGCACUAAUCGGGUCUCUUAUGGCGUUGACUUCUGGCUUUUUGACGUAUAUCGGGUUGCAAAUGCUGACCAGCUCUAUUUCUUUUGGUGGAAAGCAGGAAACAGUAAUGAAAUGGGCUCUGUUUGGUAUAUGCUUGAUAUUUUUGACGAACAUCGUCCUUUAG